AUGGACGGCCAGCAGAAUGGCGAGGCUCGCGUCAAGCGUAAAGAACACCCAAGCUCUUCUCAGGACAGACCUCUGAAACAGCUCAGAUCAGAUGCUACGGCCGAAGAGCCCGUCAAUGGCUUCUCACAAGACGACGAAGUUGAUGCGCAACCCGUAAUGCAUGCCGCAACCACCGACUCGGUCGAGUGGCAGCGUACCAUCGAAACCGUCGUCUCCAAAGUCGUCUCGAUCCAUUUCUGCCAGACCAGCGCAUUCGAUACGGAUCCUGCCUUGUCAAGCGAAGCAACUGGCUUCGUCGUCGAUGCCGAGAAUGGCUACAUCCUGACCAACAGACACGUUGUCGGCUCCGGUCCCUUCUGGGGAUACUGCAUCUUCGACAAUCACGAGGAGUGCGACGUCUACCCCGUCUACCGCGAUCCCGUCCACGACUUUGGUUUCCUCAAGUUCGACCCCAAGGCCAUCAAGUACAUGAAGCUCGCACCCAUCGAACUCCGCCCCGACCUUGCGCGCAUUGGUGCCGAAAUCAGAGUGGUUGGUAACGAUGCUGGAGAGAAGCUCAGUAUUCUGUCUGGUGUCAUUUCAAGAUUGGACAGAAACGCACCCGAGUAUUCCGAAGGAUACUGCGAUUUCAACACAAACUACAUCCAAGCCGCUGCUGCAGCAAGUGGAGGAAGUUCGGGCAGUCCUGUCGUCAACGUCGAGGGUUAUGCUGUCGCUUUGCAGGCAGGAGGCAGACAGGAUGGUGCCGCAACCGACUACUUCUUGCCAUUGGACCGACCGCUAAGAGCGCUGGAACUGGUCAGGAAAGGAGAACACGUCACAAGAGGAAGCAUCCAAACACAAUUUCUUAUCAAGCCCUUUGAUGAGUGCCGCAGACUUGGUCUGACCUCUGAGCGUGAAGCCGAGGUCCGCGCCAAGUUUCCCAAGGAGACUGGUAUGCUGGUCGCUGAGGUUGUUCUGCCCAAAGGUCCUGCCGAUAGCAAGAUUGAGGAGGGUGAUGUUCUGAUCAAGGUCAACGACGAGCUCCUCACACAGUUUGUUCGCCUGGACGAUAUUCUGGAUUCGAGUGUUGGAGGCCAAGUCAAGCUGCUUGUGCAAAGAGGAGGCGAAGAGUUUGAAGCCACCGUCGAUGUUGGUGACUUGCACGCAAUCACACCGGAUCGCUACGUCUCGGCUGCUGGCGCCCUUUUCCACGAGCUCUCCUACCAACAAGCCCGUUUCUAUGCUGUCACUCUCAAGGACAACGGUGUGUACUGCUGCGAGUCUGGUGGCUCCUUCAGAUUCGAGGGUUGCGAGUUUGGUUGGCUGGUUCAGUCCAUCGACAACAAGCCUACACCAAACCUCAAUGCCUUUGUUGAAGUCAUGAAGGCCAUUCCCGAUCGCGCCCGUGUCGUCGUCACCUACAAGCAUCUUAGGGAUAUGCACACUCUUAACACCUCCAUCGUUUCCGUCGACAGACAUUGGCACAGAAAGAUGUCCAUGCACGUCAGAAAUGACAAGACUGGCCUCUGGGACACUACCACUCUUGCCGAGCAACUUCCACCCGCCGAUCCUCAACCCAAGAAGGCAAACUUCAUCCAAAUGGCUGGCGCACAACACCCUGCUGCUGUCGACAUCGUGCGAAGCUUCGUCAGAGUUUCGGUCAGCCUACCACUUCGCCUGGAUGGAUUCCCUAAAGGAAGAAAGAUUGGGUUCGGUCUGGUCAUCGACGCCGAGAAAGGUCUUGUUAUUGUAUCACGAGCAAUCUUGCCCUACGACAUGUGCGACAUUACCAUCACCGUGGCCGACUCGAUCAUCGUAGAUGGAAAGGUUGUCUUCAUGCANCCCCUGCAAAACUACGCCAUCUUGCAAUACGACGCCAGCCUUGUGCAAGCUCCUGUUAAGUCGGCCAAACUUGCGACCACACCUAUCAAGCAGGGAGAGAGCACCAUUUUCUUCGGUUUCAACCAGAACCUGAGACCAGUAGUUGCUAAGACAGCUGUUACCGACAUCACCUCAGUUGCUAUUCCAGCAAGCACAACAACUCCUAGAUACCGUGCUGUCAACCUGGACGCUAUCACGGUCGACACCAGUUUAUCAGAGCGCUGCGGAAGUGGCGUGCUUGUUGCCGAGGAUGGCACCGUUCAGGCCUUGUGGAUGACCUACCUCGGUGAGCGUACGCCUAAUGGACGCGACCAAUCUUACCAUCUUGGCAUGUCCACCUCUGCGCUUCAUGCCGUUGUCGACGACAUCAAGAACGGAGACAGACCUCAAUUACGCAUCCUCAACCUCGAAACUCAUAUUAUGCAAAUGAGUGAGGCUCGCAUUCACGGUCUGUCGCAAGAGUGGAUUGACAGAGUUGAGAAGGAGGACCCCGAGAGACAUCAACUUUUCAUUGUUCGCAAGGUUGAUUCUGACCAUCUUGGUGGCUUGAUGGAGGGUGACAUUAUUCUCACGCUCAACGACCGCCUCGUUACUCGCGUUACAGACUUCGAUGUCAUGUACAGAAACGAGUUCCUAGAUGCUGUUAUCCUCCGCAAGAGAGAAGAGAUCAAGCUCAAGGUUUCGACCGUACCAACACACGAAUUCGAGACUGACAGAGCUGUCGUCUUCUGUGGUGCUGUCCUGCAUCGUCCUCACCAUGCCGUGCGCCAACAAAUUAAGAAGGUGCACUCCGAUGUUUACAUCUCGUUGCGCAUUGCAGGUUCGCCAGCAUACAUGUAUGGUCUCGCACCGACAAACUUCAUCACACAUGUCAAUGGUGUGCCCACACCUGAUCUCGACAAGUUCGUUGAGGAGACUAACAAGAUUCCCGACAACACCUACUUCCGUUUGAAGAUCAUGACUUUUGACAACCAACCUUGGGUUGCUACCAUGAAGAAGAACGAGCACUACUUCCCCACUAUCGAGUUCUUGAAGGACCCCAACGAGAAGGAGGGAUGGAGAAGAGUUACAUAUGAGCAAGGCAAGAUCAAGGCCGGUCAGGGUGAUUUGCCUGAGGCUGGCCAGGAAGCCGCACCUGGUGAUGUUGAUAUGGGUGAAGGCCCAAUGGCCUAG